CCGCCCUAAGAGCGUGCUAAUGCGUGCAUUGCAUUAUUACUUUCCAAACUGGAAAUGUCGGCGAUAAUCUUCAUCGGAAUAUUCAGCCGCCUGACGAGCAAUGUGUACUUACUGAUUAUCUUGCUUCUGGGUGAAAUCAUGUUCGGAUUGGAUAGCUUUGGAGAAUGGGAAGACCUGAUUUUGUACAGAAACGAGAACAAAGCUGUCGUCGAAAGAUCCGUUUGGAGUGACAAACUGUGCUCUGGUAACUCGGGCGAAUUCUCCUUCAUGAGACUCACCGACAUCCGGCACAUUGGGGUCUCCACCAAGAUGGGUCUCUUUAUUCUUCACAGGAACGGGAAUAUAAUCGCUCUCAGUAUGAGAGGCUUAACGAGAAAGGAGAUACAGAGCUUAAGAAAAGAAAUCAGUCAUUUUCUAAACAUGAGCCGGCUCAAAUACCUCGAUCAUUCUCUGAUUGAUUCUUCGGAUCGAUUAUUACUCCCUUCCGAUUCCGAGGAAUACUUGCAAAACUUGCCAAGAGCGGGUCUACCUACGUUCAACGACUUCACCGUCUCGGACAAUGUUUUGGGCGGUACUUCGGGCAGGACGUGCUGUCAGGUGCAGCAGAAUUUGAGUUACCCAAGCUUAAUGCACGGAACGCAACUUAAGAGUUAUCAAUUGGCAAACUUGAGAAGAGGCCCUUAUACGGAAAAUUCAACGCGUUUCGAUUACGUCAAGUAUACCAGGAACACUUGCGCCAUUCCCACACCUUGCAAUUUAUGCAAGCUUCAUAAAGAAUGUAAUUAAUCGAAUGUCACUCGUUAAUGUUGUACGUGUCCUCCAGAUUACUAACAUUGUAGCUAAUUCGAGAUUAUAAAUAAAUUUGCAAACAAGAUCUUAUUUAUUCAUUC